UACAGCGCGAGAGACUGAAGCCGCAGGGAACAAGGAAAUACAGAGUUAGCACGUGAAGUGUCUUUCAUGUCCACGUAUAGUCGUAACACGUACAAAAGACUUUUGUUUUCGUAGAAGAAGGAGUUUACUAACCGAAGUUAUGUAGUUACAUUUAAAAAGAGUUGGGCUUUGAGCCUCGUUAUCGAUGGUGUGUUAUCUGUUGUUUCGCUUAAACACGGACGGUUUCAGCGAAUCAAUUCAUUUUGUUUUCAAACGCAGCAAUUUAGAAGCAUUUGUAAAGAAGUACUGGUUUUAUGCACUCCGGUAAACUGAUGGAUAACAUUAAAGAGGCUGAAAUUAAUCACGAGGAAUGGAUGUCAUGUUUGCCAGAGAAACUGUGGGAUGUCCCUUUAACGAAUCUCUCAAUACCAGGUAGCCAUGAUGCAAUGAGCUACUGUCUGGAUAUCACUUCUCCUCUGCUCCCGUCUGAGUCAGACACCUUCAGAUUGCUGGAUGGAGUUUUCUGCUGCUUCACCCGGCCAGCUAUUUAUAGAUGGGCCACUACUCAGGCAGGAAUAUACCUCAAAUUUGUUUAUUAUUCUGACUGCUUAAAAUGCCUAAUAUUUCAUAGCAGAGGUACAAGUGCUUCUCCUAUUGCUCUCAUAGUGUCAGUAUAUUGGUUGUGCAAAUUCAGGCAUUUUUACAUGAGAAAUGUAUUUGUAACACCAUAUCAAAGUCCCUUAUUGUGUUGCAAGCAGGUGCAAAACAUAGUGGAGCAACUCACAGCAGGCAUUCGAUACUUUGAUCUUCGAAUUGCCCAUAAACAGUAUGAUUCUUCAAAUGAGCUUUACUUCACUCAUGUAAUUUACACACAUGCGACCGUCAUUAAAACUCUACAGACAGUUGCUUCAUGGCUUGAAUCUCAUCCCAAAGAAAUCAUCAUUCUGGCUUGUAGUCAUUUUGAAGGACUGGAUCAUAAACUGCAUGAAGAAUUCAUAUAUUCUCUGAAGAAAAUCUUUGGCUCUAAGCUGUGCCCUCGCAAUGAAGUCCUACUGACCUUGCGGAGCCUGUGGACAUCAGGCUAUCAAGUGGUUCUAUCAUAUAAGGACCAGUCAGCAGCACGUCAUGUGGAGUUAUGGCCUGCUAUCCCUUACCUUUGGGCCAAUAAGCCUAAUGCAGAAGAGCUGCUCCAGUAUCUUGAAUGGCAGAAACAGCUUGGUCGACCUGAGGGUUUUUUUGUAGCAGGCCUGAAUUUGACAACAGAUCGAUGCUUCAUCGCCACGCACCCUCUGGAAUCGAUCCAAACUCUGACCAUGAAGAAUUGGAACUGUGUGAGGAAAUGGCUAGAAGAUCAGAAACCAGGAGCUGAACCCACAAGUCUAAACAUAAUAGCAGGUGACUUCAUUGGACCUGUCCCAUUAUGCUCUAUUGUUAUUGCGCUCAACAAAAAACUGCUGUAAUCAAGGAGCUGUUGAAGCACAAUGACUUUAGAUGUAAGGUCUCUCCCGGAGUUUUACAUCAUCAAUCAGUGACACGUUCAGUGACGUGAACUGUAUUUACAUGUGGGAUAGAAAUGGUAGCUAGCAAACAAAAACAAUCUCUAGUGUUCAUUUUGAUCAUGGCUUCUCUUGAAAAGAAAACUGGAAAAAACGAAGACAUGUGUGUGGACCAUGUGGUGGUUUGUUGUUGUCUCACUAAUUGCGUCAUCAGGUUCUGCAAUUCUAUUGGUUUUUGACUUGACGGUUAUUGUAGGAGAAAUCACACUACAGGAUUGUGCGUCAAAUGUUCCGACACUGCCAGAAUUUCGUCGGAGGCAAUAGUCAUUAAUCGGCUGUUGGUGAACAUGUCAAACUUACAAUCAAAGGCUUCUAGGAUCUGAGGAAUCUUUUAGAAUUCACAAAAUUUGUCUUAAGAUGGGCAAAAUCGUACAGUGUGAACCCUGCUUAAAAGUGUGUGCAGGUUAAUGCCUAAAUGCAAUAUUUUAUCCUCAGUGUUUACAUAUGCCUUUACUGUAUCUGUAUGCUGCUUAAUGAACAUUUUUUGAUAGAAAGCAUACAUGUAUUUUAUAACAAUAUUGUUUAUAUUAACACAAAUCAACUUUGCUUCCUAAUGUCUGAUUUUAUUGUAGUAAAAUAUAGUUUUGAGAUAUUUUAAAUACACUGUUUAUAAAGCAAAUAAAUAUAUACAAAUCA